AUGGCUCACGCGGCCUCCCAAUUGAAGAAGAAUCGGGGGGAAGUGGAUGUGAAUGCAUUAGAGGACGAGAAGGAGAAGCGGAGGAAGAGCAGGAGAGCAGCGUCCCGGGAACAAAAGAGAAAGUCUGACAGUAAUGCCAGUUACCUACGAGCAGCCCGGGCAGGGAACCUCGAAAAGGUUCUUGACUACCUCAAGACUGGGGUUGAGAUUGACAUUUGCAAUCAAAAUGGUCUAAAUGCUCUCCAUCUAGCCUCCAAAGAGGGGCAUGUGGAGGUUGUUGCUGAGCUGCUGAAGCUCGGAGCUACUGUGGAUGCAGCCACAAAGAAAGGAAACACUGCUCUGCACAUAUCUUCGCUUGCUGGCCAAACGGAAGUCGUCAAGGAGCUGGUUACUAAUGCAGCCAAUGUCAACGCACAAUCUCAGAAUGGCUUCACCCCUCUGUACAUGGCAGCCCAGGAAAAUCACCUGGAGGUGGUACGGUUCCUUCUGGAGAACAGUGCAAGCCAGAGUAUGGCCACUGAGGAUGGGUUCACCCCUUUGGCGGUGGCCCUCCAGCAGGGCCAUGACCAGGUGGUCUCCUUGCUAUUGGAGAACGAUACAAAGGGCAAGGUACGCUUGCCUGCCCUGCACAUCGCUGCCCGCAAGGAUGACACCAAGGCCGCGGCCCUGCUCCUGCAGAACGACCACAAUGCAGACGUUGAGUCCAAGAGUGGUUUCACCCCGCUCCAUAUCGCGGCUCACUAUGGCAACAUUAACGUGGCCACACUACUGCUAAACAGAGGGGCUGCUGUGGACUUCAUGGCGCGGAAUGACAUCACACCGCUUCAUGUGGCGUCAAAAAGGGGCAACAGCAACAUGGUCAAGUUGCUGCUGGACAGAGGGUCCAAAAUUGACGCCAAGACCAAGGACGGUCUGACACCUCUUCACUGUGGGGCGAGGAGCGGUCACGAGCAGGUGGUAGAAAUCCUUCUAGACCGAGGAGCUCCUUUCCUGUCCAAGACCAAGAACGGCCUAUCACCGCUCCACAUGGCCACUCAGGGGGACCACCUUAACUGUGUCCAGCUCCUGCUCCAGCAUGACGUGCCGGUGGACGACGUCACCAACGACUACCUGACGGCGCUGCACGUUGCUGCUCACUGCGGUCACUACAAGGUGGCCAAGCUCAUUGUGGACAAGAAGGCCAAUCCGAAUGCCAAGGCCCUGAACGGUUUCACCCCACUGCACAUCGCCUGCAAGAAGAACAGAGUCAAAGUGAUGGAGCUGCUGCUAAAACACGGAGCUUCUAUCCAGGCUGUUACUGAGUCUGGCCUGACACCCAUCCAUGUGGCAGCGUUCAUGGGCCAUGAGAACAUUGUCCAUUCACUGACACACCACGGUGCAUCACCUAACACCACCAAUGUGAGAGGUGAAACAGCUCUCCACAUGGCAGCCAGGGCAGGCCAGGCAGACGUAGUCCGAUACCUGCUGAAAAAUGGAGCCAAGGUGGAGACCAAGUCCAAGGAUGACCAGACAGCGUUGCACAUCUCCAGUCGGCUGGGGAAAGCCGACAUCGUCCAGCAGCUGCUGCAGUGCGGCGCCUCUGCCAAUGCUGCCACCACCUCAGGCUACACCCCCCUCCACCUGGCUGCCCGCGAAGGACACCAAGAUGUUGCUGCCAUGCUGCUGGAGAACGGAGCCUCACUCUCCUCCUCUACUAAGAAAGGGUUCAGUCCCCUCCAUGUUGCAGCCAAGUAUGGCAAGAUGGAGGUGGCCAGUCUGCUCCUACAGAAGAGAGCUGCACCUGAUGCUGCUGGAAAGAGUGGGCUAACUCCACUGCAUGUAGCCGCUCACUACGAUAAUCAGAGAGUGGCACUGCUGCUGCUGGAUCAGGGAGCUUCCCCACACGCUGCCGCCAAGAAUGGCUACACGCCGCUCCAUAUUGCUGCCAAAAAGAACCAAAUGGACAUUGGGACCACACUGCUGGAGUACGGCGCCGACACCAACGCAGUGACGCGGCAAGGCAUUAGCCCGAUUCACCUGGCAGCACAGGAGGGCAGCGUGGACUUAGUAUCACUGCUGCUGGCCAAGAACGCCAACGUCAAUGUGUGCAAUAAGAGUGGACUCACACCACUCCACCUAGCAGCUCAGGAGGACAAGGUCAACGUUGCAGAAGUCCUUCUCAACCAUGGGGCUGAUGUCAACCCACAAACAAAGAUGGGUUACACACCGCUGCACGUGGCUUGUCACUAUGGCAACGCGAAGAUGGCAAACUUUCUGCUGCAGAACCAUGCCAGAGUCAAUGGCAAAACCAAGAACGGGUACACUCCUCUACACCAAGCAGCUCAGCAGGGUCACACACAUAUCAUCAACCUGCUGCUUCAACACGGGGCCUCAGCCAACGAGCUCACCAUGAACGGGAACACUGCCCUAUCCAUUGCCCGUCGUCUUGGGUACAUCUCUGUGGUCGACACUCUGAGGCCCAUGACAGAUGACAACCUGAUUGCUAUGAGCGCGUCAGAAAAACACAAAAUCAACGUCCCAGAGACCAUGAACGAAUUCCUCGACAUGUCAGACGAUGAAGUCUGGGCCAAUGUGCCUGAAAUUCUCAAUGAGGAGUCUUUGUCAGAUGUUGACGAAGGUGAGGAUGCGAUGACCGGGGACACGGACAAAUACUUGCGGCCUCAGGACCUCAAAGAGCUGGGGGAUGACUCUCUCCCCCAGGAGGGCUACAUGGGGUUCAGUAUAGGAGCCCGCUCAGCCAGCCUCCGCUCCUUCAGUUCGGAUAGGUCCAACACACUCAACCGGAGUUCCUUCGCUCGCGACAGUAUGAUGAUUGAAGAGAUUCUCGCCCCCACAAAAGACACGCACUUGGCUGUGACCAGAGACUACAGCUCGGAGACUAUGCGGCGCUACAGCUGGACUCCGGACACCGUGGACCACAGCCACAACACUGUGUCCAGCCCCAUUCACUCUGGGUUCUUAGUCAGCUUCAUGGUAGACGCCCGUGGUGGUUCCAUGAGAGGCAGCCGCCACAAUGGCAUGCGCAUCAUCAUUCCUCCCAGGAAGUGCACAGCGCCCACACGCAUCACCUGUCGCCUGGCCAAGAGGCAUAAGCUGGCCUACCCCCCACCCAUGGUGGAAGGAGAGGGGCUCGUCAGCCGGCUGGUGGAGGUCGGCCCAGCUGGGGCUCAGUUCCUCGGUCCUGUGAUUGUGGAGAUCCCUCAUUUUGGGUCAAUGCGAGGGAAAGAGAGAGAGCUGAUUGUGUUGAGGAGCGACAACGGUGACACAUGGAAGGAACACCAGCCUGAUGCCAGACCAGAAGACCUCACUGACCUGCUCAUUGGGAUGGAUGAAGAGCUGGAUAGCCCUGCUGAGUUGGAGAAGAAGCGCAUUUGCCGCAUCGUCACCAGAGAUUUUCCUCAAUAUUUUGCUGUGGUGUCGCGGAUCAAGCAGGAGUCAAACCACAUGGGUCCUGAUGGAGGCAUGCUGUCCAGCAGCACUGUGCCAAUGGUCCAGGCCUCGUUCCCACAGGGAGCACUCACCAAGAGGAUCCGUGUCGGCCUGCAGGCCCAGCCUGUUCCUGAUGACAUGGUGAGGGCGGUGCUUGGAAACAGAGCCACCUUCAGCCCCAUCGUCACUGUGGAGCCCAGGAGGAGGAAGUUCCACAAGCCAAUCACAAUGACGAUCCCUGUCCCGCCUAGAUCUGCAGAAGGCCAUCCCAGCGGCCACCGAGGCGAUUCUGCACCCUGCCUGCGUCUGCUCUGCAGCAUCACAGGGGGGACAUCUCCUGCCCAGUGGGAAGACAUCACAGGGACCACACCACUCUCCUUCGUAACCGAUUGCGUCUCCUUCACCACAAAUGUGUCGGCCAGGUUCUGGCUCGCAGACUGUCACCAGAUUCCUGAGACGGUGAGUCUAGCGUCUCAGUUAUACCGGGAGCUGAUCUGCGUGCCGUACCUGGCCAAGUUUGUGGUGUUCGCCAAGAUGAAUGACGCUAUCGAGGCUCGGCUGCGCUGCUUCUGCAUGACAGACGACAAGGUGGACAAGACCCUCGAGCAGCAGGAGAACUUUGAGGAGGUGGCCCGCAGCAAAGAUAUUGAGGUUCUCGAGGGAAAACCUAUCCAUGUGGAUUGCUAUGGCAACCUGUCCCCUCUGACCAAAAGUGGGCAACAGCUGGUUUUUAACUUCUACUCCUUCAAGGAAAACAGACUUCCUUUCAACGUGAAGAUCAGAGACAUGGGCCAAGAGCCAUGUGGCCGCCUCUCCUUCCUGAAAGAACCAAAAUCCUUUAAAGGUCUUCCACAGACUGCCAUAUGCAAUUUGAAUAUCACACUGCCAAACCACAAGAAGACUGAAAAGCCAGAACGACGUCAUACCUUUGCCUCCUUAGCUUUGCGUAAGCGCUACAGCUAUUUGACCGACCCAGCAGCGAGUCCCCAAAGUCCUUGUGAGCGAACAGACUUGCGUAUGGCUAUCGUUGCAGAUCACCUGGGACUCAGUUGGACAGAGCUGGCUCGUGAGAUGAACUUCACAGUGGAUGAGAUCAACCACGUCAGGCUAGAGAACCCCAACUCCCUGACAGCACAGAGCUUCAUGCUACUAAAGAAAUGGGUCAGCCGGGAAGGGAAAAAUGCCACAACGGAUGCCUUAACUGCAGUGCUGACCAAAGUCAAUCGGAUGGAUAUUGUGACUUUACUGGAGGGCCCAAUAUUUGACUAUGGUAACAUUUCAGGCACGAGAUGUUUUGCCGAUGAUAACGCUGUUUUCCGGGAUCAGGCUGAUGAUUAUCAGAGCAUUCUAGCGGAGCUGCAGUCCCCCGCCACACUGCACUCUGAUCCCCACUUCCUGGAGCCUGAACUCCCCGUCACCCCCAACCCUUCCCUUGCCCACCAACACCACCACCAUUACCCAGAACCAGACACCCCUUUGCUGGCCGAAUCCCAGCCUCAGGCCCUUCCCUGGAGUCCAGAUAUAGAGUCCGGUAGCGUAGAGCCAGAUAGCCCCCCUAAGAGCCCCCCGAGACCUUGUGAGCUCGCCCUUACCGUCCCAGUCUUUGAACUUCCUGAUCCUGUCCCUUCCAAGAUCAGGAAGCCCCACAUCGCUCUGAACGAUCAGCUGCUUUUGAGCGAGGACGAGGACAGGUCUUGUCAAGAAAUGGAGCUGAGCCACAAGCCGAAGUCACUCUCCUUCCCUGCGAUGUGUGAGUUAGACAUUGACAUGGCUUACUCCACAUCUUCCCCUUCAGUAUCAUCAGUAUCAUCAAUAACCCCUUCAUCGCCUGACAGAGCACUAAUGGGAGAAGAAGGAGCACAGAUAGGUGCCCCCAGUGUGGUACAAGAGGAUGUUGGUUUGAAAGGAGGUGAAAAGGAAGUGACAAAAGAAAUAGAGAUGGUUGUUGAGACGGUUGUAACAGAGUUAGUAGAGGGAAAUGGAUUAGUGGAAAAGUGGGUAGAGCAGGAUUUGAUUAAAAAUGUGGAAAGAAAAUGUGAGAUGGUAACAAAAGAUCGGUUUAAGUUGGAAGAGGAAAAUAACAUUUUGGUGGAACAGCCUGUAUCUAUUCAAGAUGGAAAUAAGGGGACAGUCUGUGAUGUGGAGGAGGUGAGAGAUGUGCAGAAUCUGUCAGAAAAGCAGCAUCAUUUGAUAAACAUUGACCCUGAAGUGGAAAAAGACAGAAAAGAAGUAGAGACUGCUGAAGAGGGUAUUGGUGGAACACCUGAGGUACAAAAACUGGAUGUGAGCAGUGAUGGAAGGGUCUACGAAGGUGACAGAGUGGAUGAAGCCGAGGUAGAACUUCAAUUCAAGGAUGAAGGAGGGCUGUCUAGCAAGGAAAUUGAGAUUUCCCUAAAAUCAGAAGGAGACCAAGCAGCUGAGGACCAGGCUACAACUGACCUCUCCCCUCAGGCCUGGGUUGAAGCGCUUGGGGAACGUCAGCCCAGUGAGUCUGGAUCCACUGAGGAAGAGGAUGAGGGAGAUGGAGACAAAGAAAUUACAGAAGAGGCAUUAGGAUCUCUGUUGGAGGAGGCGGAGAACGAAGAAGAAGGCUCAGAGGAGAAGGAGGAGGACAAGGAGAUCACCGAGGCCAGGGUUCAGGAGAUUCUCGAUCAGGUUGAACAGGCAGAAAAAGACGUGUGUUCACUUUCAGGUUGGCACAGUGACUCAUCCAGCGUCAAUGUGGAACCACCAACACCAGGCCGCAGUGUCAGCUCGGACCUGCUCGACAGGCGGGAAAGCCAAGAGAAUUCUAGUGACUCCAUCACUUCCUCGUCCAGGGGCGAAUCAGGGAGGUCCCGACAGAACGGUGACAAUUCAAGGCACUCACCUCAGGGCGGCUCAUCUGAGUCAUCGAAUGGCAAAAAAGAAGAGGGAUCGCUGGUGUCAGAGAAAAAAGUACAGCGGGUUAGUGUAGAUUCCGGCUCAGAGGAAGAACAGACUGUAACCACCAGAAUCUUCAGGCGCCGUCUCAUUUUAAAGGGAGAACAAGCAAGGAAUAUCCCUGGCGAAACUAUGACAGAGGAACACUACAUGGAUCGGGAUGGUAACCUCAUCAGUAGAAAAGUUAUCAGGAAGGUCAUUCGGCGGGUGUCCACUCCCACACCAGAAUACCAAGGAGACGACAGGUGGCACCAAGACCUUCAGCAUAGUCCCACUCUGCAGGAAGAAUGGCCAGAGCAAGGAGAAGGAUCAAGGAAUAGCAGGCGAAAGGAGGAUAGAAGGUCUGGAGAUAAAAAGCACCACUCAUAGGGAAGGUUGUGCUCUGCCAGAUGUACAGGAUCCGUGUUAGAUGUUUCCUGGAGAUAAGUGUUACAGAAGACUGGAGAGCUCCAGUGUGAGGACUUCAGGCAAGGGUCCAGUCUGCAACUUUCUGCUUCAAACAAAUGGUUUUCACGUGAGAGGAGUCGACCCUUCUGACUUACGCAUGAGCAUGAAAAACUCACUCCUUGUCAAUCAAAGGACCCGGGAGGUUCUCACUUUCUGACUGUGGACCCGUGGACAAUGAUUCUGCUUCCUGUUUUGUGUGAAACAAUACGUGCCAUUGGUCCACUGGUGUUGUGAGAGCCUUUGAGGAGCAUCAUUUUGUUGCGAGAAACGACAAAGACUCCAAUUACUGACAACCACACAGGUGCAACUGUGACCAAAGAUGGCACAAGAGCUCAAUCCACAUGUUGGGUGGAAAAUAUGAAAUAGACACAAAUAACACAAAAAAGAAAUCUAAUGGAACACUUCAACCAACUUCAACACUCGCCUUAUAGUUUUUUCUUGAACCCAUUGUUGUCAGGAUGUAAAUUGUUUGGGAAUUUUUUUCUUCCUUUUUAAAACUUAAACUAACACAAGAAGCUUUUUUCUGUAUAUAGAAUUACAAUGUGUAAAAUUCUUAAAAAGGAUACGGUUGAGAACGCACUGAGGAGAGUAACCUUUUCAAGUGCUUUCAAAAUGUAUUGAAGCAGUUCCACUUUUAAAGAUUUGAGUGUAACACAGGUUCUUGUAUAAUUAAUUAUUAGAACAGGUAUAAUGUUUGUACAUGAAAAAAAGCUGGUUUGAUUUUAACAGAGGACAUUUCCAGAAAAUCAAAUUUCAGUAAUUCCCAAAGUGGGAAUGGAUCUAAUCCUGCAAAAGCAGCCUUUCAGAGUACUCAUAUUUUCAUGCAUGCUGUUCACAUUAUUUUAAGUACAAUUUUUACAAGUUUGCAAACACUGUAUUCAAAUGACAAAUAAAACCCUUUAUCUGUGUACACGUACAGUAUAGCCCUAACAUUUGUCACCGAUUUUAUAUUUUAAAUUGAAAAAGGAUACCAUUAAAGCAUUUAUCAUGUUGGAAGUGAGGAUGAAAAAAAGUUCUAUAGCUUCUUGAGGGUGUGAUGUCUUGUCUGUCUAUGUAAAACCGGAGGGCAGCUUCUGCUACGAGAAAGAAAUUACCUGAAUGUAAAUGCUAGUAGGCUGGCUCGCUGUAAAAUUAUAACUGUAUUGUGCGUAUUGGCUAUAAGGUGUAGGAGUCUCUGUACACUGUUAGACUGUUUGUAAUCAUUUUAGCAGUGUGUCAAUUUGGUUUUCUAACGGCUGCUGUGGUAUUAAAGGAAAACUGGGGCAUUUCAUUUUGAAUUUUUUGGUGAAGUAUUUCCUUCAUUUAAAACCUACUCACAUUAAGGAUAAAUAAAGACAUUAUUUGAUUGUAGCUCUAAAUAGCAUAUUGUAUGACAAAAACACUGGAUGGUCAAAAACAAUUAUUUAAGCAUUAAAUAAAUUGUGUUUAACUCUGAAACUGUGUGAUCUUUUUAGGCUCGAGAGUCUGUAAAUGCAGUGUCGAAUAGAAUUGUUUUCACUAGCUCAUUGGCAAAUUUUACUUUACAAGACAUUAGGAAUUAUCUUUGUAUUGGUUUUCAUUAGAUGCCCAUGUAGUUCAAGUGUGGUGUUCUACUGGUGCGAUGACUCAGUAUGCUGAUGUCUAUGCUGUGGACAUGAAAACUAUGUAACUUUUUUUUUUUGGGAGGGGUGGGAUAAAGGAAAUCAGGAAGGGUACUGUACACAUCCCCUUAUUCUACUAUGUCAAUCAGGGGGUAGAGGAUCCUUUGAUAUGGUUGAACUAUCAAUUUUGUCAAUUUUGUUUGAUAUGUGUUUUCACCUGAGCAGAUUUUUUGAUGUACAAUUCUUACUAACAGAGUGAAGCCAUUGAAAUGUAACUAUUCUAGCACUUUGGUUAUUCAAGGUCUUUUAGAGGCUAUAGCAGCAAUGAUGCCACCACAAAUGUUUCAGACAUCUUUAAAAAAAAAAUCAACCUAAAAAUAAAAAAAUAAAUAAAAAUGCAUUGAUU